AUGAACAUGGACUCAUCCGUGCCAGAAGAUUUGUUAAGAGACAGUUACAACCACAGUGGCUCUGGCGACAUGUUUAGCGCUCCUGGCGGUAACGCGACAAAGAAUGUGUAUAAUGGUCCCACGAAUGUGUAUCACGGCACCGAAGACCGGUUUGUUCUGCCACAAGAUUGCUGGAAAUCAUUAGCUUUUCCAGAAAUGGACAGCCGGUCCCACGAUAUCGAGGACGCCGCGGAGGGAACCUGCAAAUGGUUGUCUGAAAACAAAGCGUACAAGGACUGGGCGGCUUCCAAUCAGGCCCUGCUCUGGAUCAAGGGCAAACCUGGCUCCGGGAAAUCGACGUUGCUGCGGUACACUCGGAACCAUGCCAUGGAAGCACCCAACAUCGGAGAGGAAGCCUCAAUCCUUUCGUUCUUCUUCCACGGGCGUGGUUCGGAACUCCAAAAGACGCGGCUGGGACUCUUCCGGUCUCUUCUUUACCAGCUCCGCGAGAUACCUAACGCACUGUCAGAUGUCGUGGAUGCCUUCCGACAGCGGUGCGAAACUGUCGGCAAGAUAGGCGAAAAGUGGUCGUGGCACCCCGGGGAGUUGCGUAACUUCUUUAAAUCUUCAAUUCUGAAGGCAUUAAAGACCCGACCCCUUUGGUUAUUCAUCGACGCGUUAGACGAAUGUGGCGAAGAAAACGCGAGGAGGUUAGUUAGAGAGUUCGCGUCAUUGCUCAAGUGGCUCCCCACCGAGUUGAAAGACUUCCACAUCUGUUUCACAUGUCGUCACUACCCAAUUCUGGACCUGGAUGACUCCUUCGAAAUAUGUGUAGAGAAUGAAAAUAGUCCAGAUAUAUCGACUUUCGUGCAAAGCCAGCUGUCUCCUUUAAAUGAGCAGUUGCUGUCCACGAUUCCGGACUUAAUUACGGAACGCGCCAACGGCGUUUUCUUAUGGGCUUGGCUGGUGGUAAAGCGAGUUCUAGACCUUGACCUAGAUGGUGCUGGGUUGAAGCAGAUGAAGGACGCCAUCAUGUCGGUCCCACCGGACCUCGAUGACCUAUACCACGAACUACUCCGGAAAAUGGGGUCGGAUUCUGUGAAACUUAUUCAAUGGAUCUGCUUUACGACGCGGCCGUUGUCACUGGACGAAUUGCGAUGGGCGUUGCUUGUCGACCCGGAUUGCCCAUGUAGGUCAUUGGACGAGUGCCAGAGGGCGGGAGAUGAUCCAGCCGACAAGGAUGGGAUGAAGAGACGAGUGCAGACACUCAGCCGUGGCCUUGCUGAAGUCACCUCUGACACAGAGGUUGUCCAGUUCAUCCACCAGUCCGUCAAGGACUUUUUCGUCGAGAAGGGCCUCUCUACCCUGAAUUGGCCUAACUGGGUUGUGCAAUACAUCUACCAGUCGACGAAGGACAUUUUCGUCGACAAGGGCUCAUUGAUCCUGAGCGACAAGGUGCGCACUUGCAGGCCAACAACUAUGAUCGGUCUUGCUACGGCGUUGUUGUACCUGGGCUACUUCACGAGAUAUCCUAUAAGCUUCUUGCCGGGUCCUGUUUUCCCUUUGCCGAUUGUUCUCGCAGUCAUUUCAGCUUAUUGGCUGAACGGUGUGCCGGUCGAGAACUUCCGAGGCAACUUUACAGUCGGAACUGCACAUUAUCGACUGUCUAGGACCUGCAUGCGGUACCUGGCAAUGAAUGAGAUAGCUCAGAGCAAUAUGCGCGACGAAAAUAGCUUGAAGUCUGCCUUUCCUCUGUUGCGUUAUGCUACGACAUCGUGGGUGGCACACGCAAAGCAAAGCGAGCUGAGGGGGGUCUCUCAGGAUGACCUCCUACGCUAUUUCGACUGGCCGGCGGAAGCGCUGGUGCAGGUAUGGGUGCGGGUUUACAAUAUAAUAUCGCGAUACUCAGACGACCGCCCACCAGAAGGGACCAAAAUGAUACACGUCGUGUCGCGCUAUGGGUUACUAGGACCGUUACAAGUUAUACUACAGAGUGCAUACCAGGUUGGCGCCGACGUCGAGCUGAAGGAUAGCUACAGUCGGACGCCGCUGUCGUGGGCCGCCGAGGAGGGGCACGAGGCCGUCGUCAAGCUGCUCCUCGACAAAGGAGCCGACGUCGAGCCGAAAGGUAGCCACGGUCAGACGCCGCUGUGGCGGGCCGCCGAGAAGGGGCACGAGGCCAUCGUCAAGCUGCUCCUCGAAAAAGGCGCCGACGUCGAGUCAAAAGGUAGCCACGGUCAGACGCCGCUGUCGUGGGCCGCCGAGAAGGGGCACGAGGUCAUCGUCAAACUGCUCUUCGACAAGGGCGCCGACGUCGAGUCGAAAGAUGACCACGGUCAGACGCCGCUGUCGUGGGCCGCCGCGGAGGGGCACGAAGCCAUCGUCAAGCUGUUGCUCGACAAAGGCGCCGACGUCGAGUCGAAAGAUGACCACGGUUGGACGCCGCUGUCGUGGGCCGCCGCGGAGGGGCACGAAGCCAUCGUCAAGCUGUUGCUCGACAAAGGCGCCGACGUCGAGUCGAAAGGUAGCCACGGUUGGACGCCGCUGUCGUGGGCCGCCGCGGAGGGGCACGAGGCCGUCGUCAAGCUGUUGCUCGACAAAGGCGCCGACGUCGAGUCGAAAGGUAGCCACGGUCAGACGCCGCUGUCGUGGGCCGCCGAGAAGGGGCACGAAGCCGUCGUCAAGCUGCUCCUCGACAAGGGCGCCGACGUCAAGUCGAAAGAUAGGGACGGUCAGACGCCGCUGUGUCGGGCCACCAAGAAGGGGAACGAGGCCAUCGUCAAGCUGCUCCUCGACAAGGGCGCCGACGUCGAGUCGAAAGAUGCCGAUGGUCGGACACCGCUGUCGCGGGCCGUCGAGAAGGGGCACGAGGCCAUCGUCAAGCUGCUGCAGCCUAACCUACCAUCGUAA